GUUCUCAUAGAUGCAAACAUCAAGAAUCUUUUCUAAUAAAGAGCAAAGAUGGUUAAAGCAUUCACUAUUUUGGCACUAUUGUGCUUGGCGGUAAUUUCGUUUCCAACAAUUUUAGGCCGUAAACAUGCGAGGGGUAAAAGCCCGACGCCAGUAGAUGGUUUUGCAAAACUUGCCGAAGAGAUUGGGAAGUUGACACUCGCAACACAGAAAAUGACGCAAGCAAUUCUUGAGUGCAAAGCAUGUGGAAUAGAUCGAAAAGAUGAUUGUGAUCUCAGCAACCCUUGCUUUACUGGUGUUGAAUGCACUAAUGUAGAAGGAGGCGUGAAGUGUGGACCUUGUCCUGAAGGCUAUAUGGGUGAUGGAAAAACAUGCACAUUUAUAAAAGAAUGCCCGGUAGGCCAAGCCGGAAACGGGAUUCACUGCGGGAAAGAUAGUGAUAAUGAUGGGCAGCCAGACGAAAAACUGCCAUGCGAAGAACAGUCCUGUCAGAAGGAUAAUUGUGUAAAUAUACCAAAUAGUGGACAGGAGGACAGGGAUGGAGAUGGAAUUGGCGAUUCUUGCGAUGACGAUAUUGACGAUGACGGCAGAAAAAAUACAGAUGACAAUUGCAAAUACAUUGCGAAUAAAGGGCAAGAAGAUGGGGAUGGAGACGGUGUGGGCGAUGCAUGUGAUAAUUGCAUAUCUGUCCAAAAUUUCCAACAAUUCGAUGUUGAUAAAGACGGAUUAGGCGAUGAGUGUGAUGAUGAUAAAGAUGGGGAUGAUCAUGACAAUUCUGAUGACAACUGUCCAAAUAUUCCAAACGAGAGUCAGCUUGAUAGAGACGGGGAUAACGUAGGAGAUGUGUGCGAUAAUUGUCCAGAUGAAGAAAAUCCAGACCAAAAAGAUUCGGAUUCUGAUCUUGUAGGCGAUUUGUGUGACCAUGACCAGGACCGGGAUAAGGACGGUGUUCAAGACGAUAAAGACAAUUGUCCGGAUAUCAUCAACAGUGGACAACUUGAUACUGACAAGGAUGGACUAGGCGAUGCCUGUGAUGACGAUGAUGAUGAUGACGGCAUAACUGAUGAGAACGAUAACUGUAGAUUGGUUGCAAACCCCGAUCAGAAAGAUAAAAAUAAAAACAGUGUAGGAGACGCAUGUGAGGAUGAUUUUGACGGUGAUGAAGUACCAGACGAGAAUGAUGCUUGCCCAAAGAAUGCUAAUAUUCAGAAAACGGAUUUCCGAGAUUUACAACAAAUUAAUCUUGAUCCAAGUGGCUCUGAACCACCAAAUUGGGUGGUAACACACAAUGGUAAAGAGAUUACAGAAACCAAGAACAGUGAUCCUGCGCUGGCAGUCGGUGAUACUGCAUUCAACGGAGUUGAUUUCUAUGGAACAUUAUUUGUGAAUACCAAUACUGAUGACGAUUUCAUAGGUUUUGUUUUCGGGUUCCAGGAUAGCAGUAGAUUUUACGUCGCACAAUGGAAGCAGGCUGAUCAAGGUGUUUCUAAAGCUGGAUUUCAAAUAAAGGUUAUUGAAUCUCAAACUGGUCCAGCAAAACAGUUAGCUAAUGCUCUGUGGAAAGGUUCAAGUGCAGAAGGCCAAGCUAAACUCAUCUGGAUUGAUCCAGCAAAUAAGGGAUGGAAGGAUAAAACGUCAUACCGGUGGGAAUUGAUCCACAGACCUUCAGUUGGAUAUAUCAAGUUGAGAAUAUACCAAGGAACCUCAUUAUUGACUGAUAGCGGAGUAGUUAAAGAUGAAACGUUCAAGGGAGGAAGACUAGGUGUUUACUGUUAUUCACAAGAGAACAUCAUUUGGUCAGAUGUCGAGUACAGAUGCAAUGAAACACUGCCAUUCGAUUACCAAAGCAGUUAGAAAUUGACGUAACGUCAGAUGGAGAAGAAGAAAAAGAAUUCAGGAUUGUUUUGUGAAAAUGUGAAGUUUCUCAAUGUACGUUGUUGACGUCGUGAUUUGGUAUAUAUAUACUGUAUAUAUUUCAGCAAUGUGCAAUGACAAUUUCAUUUUUAAUUUUCAAAUAAAUAGAUAUACAUUGAAGAUAAAACAAUAAAGCUUCUCCGGAUAUGAAAAGAUUUCUCGAUUCAUUUUCCUAUCGAAUAUUCAUACAAGAGUCAGGACUGACAUGAUUGUUCGGCUCGCAAGCGGGGCUGUUGAAAUUGGCAUUUUUCAAUGGAACGCAUUUGUAGUUUUCCGGAGUCUGAGUCGAAAUUUCAGACUUUUAAGGGGAUACCAAUAAAAGAAGUCAAAUAUUCAUAUUAAGGAAACAUUGCAUGAGCCAGAGAUUUUGGUAUCAGAGUUCGGAGUUUUUUUACAACCCGGAGUCUGGAAUCGAAGUCAGUGUUGAAGCUAAAAGUGUUUGUAAUGCAGAGUUCGGGAGUCCAUCGCAAAUUUUUCUCGACUCCGCUGCCUUGAUCGAAAAUAACAGCAAAAAACUUUCAUAUCUGUAACGGAGUUCUGCCCGCCCGUUGGCUGUGAGCUCACGAUAGCUUAUUAAGUAUGUAGCAUCUUUAGAAUUUGCUUCAGAUUAAACAGCACUAUCAAAAAAAAAAAAAACUUAAUCCGUUCCGUCAGACAGCACGGUUACCGUAAAUUAGUACCGUACGUCAGCGUGUCCUUAGCUUCCUGCUUUGCAUCAC